CUGCCGUUAUUGAAGCCAUAGAAGAAGAAGAAGAGUGAGCGGAGCCGGAAGGACAGAGCAGACAGAAGGACGGAGCCGUGCAGGGAUUGAAGUGAGCUAGCUCGGGAAAGAUGCUGUCCAAUAUCUCCAGUGUGCUCAGAGCUGGUGCUCAGAGAAAUGGAGCUGCUGUGGUCAUGUCAGUGCGCUCCUAUGCUGAUUUCACAACCCAGGCUACCUUUGAAAUAAAGAAAUGUGACGUCCACAAGCUGGACGAGGCCCCUGCCACUCAGGUGGUUAUGACUCGUGAUGAGGGUCUGCAGUACUACCGCACCAUGCAGACCAUGAGGCGUAUGGAGCUGAAGGCAGAUCAGCUGUAUAAGCAGAAGAUCAUCAGAGGAUUCUGCCACUUGUAUGACGGCCAGGAGGCCUGUGCAGUUGGUAUUGAAGGAGGAAUUACUUUGUCGGACCACCUGAUCACUGCGUACCGUGCCCACGGUUACACUUACACCAGAGGAGGGACUGUGAAGGAGAUCAUGGCCGAGCUCACCGGCAGAAGAGGAGGUAUUGCAAAGGGCAAAGGAGGCUCUAUGCACAUGUACUGUAAAAACUUCUAUGGAGGAAAUGGAAUUGUCGGAGCUCAGGUUCCCCUGGGUGCGGGUGUGGCUCUGGCCUGCAAGUACUUUGGCAACAACGAGGUGUGCGUCAGCCUCUAUGGUGACGGCGCUGCCAACCAGGGUCAGAUUUUUGAAACCUACAAUAUGGCAGCACUUUGGAAGCUGCCCGCCAUCUUUGUCUGUGAGAACAACAGGUAUGGCAUGGGCACAUCAGUGGAGCGAGCUUCAGCCAGCACAGACUACUACAAGAGAGGAGACUACAUCCCUGGUCUUCGGGUGGAUGGGAUGGAUGUUCUGUGUGUUCGGGAAGCAACCAGGUUUGCAGCUGAUCACUGCCGAUCUGGGAAGGGUCCCAUUCUCAUGGAGCUUCAGACGUACCGUUAUCAUGGACACAGUAUGAGCGAUCCUGGUGUCAGCUACCGCACACGUGAAGAGAUCCAGGAGGUCCGUGGGAAGAGUGACCCCAUCUCCUUGCUGAAGGACCGCAUGCUUAGCAACAACAUGGCCAGCGUGGAGGAGCUCAAGGAGAUCGACGUGGAGGUGAGGAAGGAGAUUGAAGAUGCGGCUCAGUUUGCUACCACAGAUCCUGAACCCCCACUGGAAGAACUGUGCAACCACAUCUUUUACAACGAUCCACCGCUGGAGGUUCGCGGCACGAACCCGUGGACCAAGCUGAAGUCUGUUAGCUAAGGUUUUUUUCACCCAGCCCCACCACACAUAAUUAUAUAUUAACUCCCAUGCCCCUAACAUAUACGCACACAUCAGAUAAUGUACCAUAAAGUAGUGCCUCAGGCUCAGAACCGUCAACAAGCAUUAAUGUGCUGUACAUUUUAACAGCAGGGACCAUGUUUACAAAGAUGUUCUGAGAAUAAAACAAACAAAGAAUGACAGAAACACUAAUAGAGAAUUAAUUUAUUAGAAUGAUUUUGCUAAUUGCCUCCCCUAUAGUCUCUCUUCUUUACAUUACUCGUAUUGUUGUCUGCAUAUGGACACAGCUCAUUGUUCUACCUUAAGAAGAGGCAUUUACUGCCAUCAGUUUGUACAUUUGGAAAAGCGGCUUCCUACAUAAGUUCCUAUAAGUGCACUCAGAGUUGCCAUAUUCUCCUGAAAUUCUGCCCCAUAUUUAUUUAUAUUUUUCGUAAAGAAUAUACCAAAAGAUGUAGAUUGAUACUUGUGUUUUUAUUUUUUAUUUUAGUGAGAUAUAUUUAAAGUAUUUGUUUCUCUUAAUAUUACACACUUUUGUAAAUCUGGUCCCAAGUGAAUAUAUUUAUAUAUUCUAAAUUUGCUUGUUUGAUGAUUGUCUGUGGUCACUUUUGAGGUGUGAUUAAGCAAAUGUCCAUUCGUCUCUGUUGAUCUCAUAAAAAGACUGUCUGACCUGUAAAAACAAAAAAAAAAGACUUUGUACUCUUUAUACUGAAGUGCACAUGAUAAAACCCUUCAGUUUGAGUUAACUAGUUCUUGUCUUUUUUUUUUAUUUAACCCCCUUGUUACAAAGAUACCACUAGAGGUAGCAGGGUAACGUUACCAACAACAUUCUCAAUAUUUCUCCAUAUGUUUUUCCUUUAAUAUGUAGGACAGAUUAAAGAUUACCAAGGGAAAGGUUUGAAAUGUUUUAAUUUAUCCUGCCAAACCAAACAUGUGCCUGGCAGAUCUUGUGUUGUUUAGAGAGUGUGUGUCUGUGUGUCUGUGUGUGUGUGUGUGUGUCUGUGUGUGUGUAAGCUGAGCAGGUGAUUAUAUGCAUCUUAAAGUCAGAUGUUUGAAGACAUGUUCACUGAGUGUCUUUACAUUCAUAGGGUUAUUUUGCAGAUACUCAGGUGCUUGGGUGCCUUUUUUCAGUUUCACAAACAUACAUUGUUCAUUUGAUAUAUUUGGAGAAGCUCAUUAAAUUUCUGCUGUACAUGUGUGAAUAUUUAUUAUCCUAAAUAUUCACAAUGAAAACUACCACAAGCUGAACGAUCUACGGUGAAAAUGAACUUAAUGACUUUUAGUCGGAGCGCAUUCAUCGGCUAAGCUUUGUUAUUCACAUUAACUUUCUCCAAUCAAAGAAAGAUGUUGGGUUAAAUGUGAUUCAGUUGGGAGAGCAUCAGCAGUUCAGGUGCCAGGUGUAUGUUUUGCUCAAAAGGUGUUUGUGAUAUUUCAACACGCCAGCAGUGGUGCAUUAUUUGCUCAAAUGUACAGAGACAGUAUGUGGACAUUUUGAAUUUCAGUCUGUUUUCUUUCUUGUCAAGUACUUGGACACAUUGUUAAAAACUUUGGACCUCUGGUAAUAAAAUGAAAACAGCCUUCAUAUCAACAUGUACUGCUAGCAUCAAGCUGCUAUGUUAAUUUUCAGUUAAUAAUAUUCAUAAACAUUGCAGCAGUGCUUGUAAUCCUUUAACAGGGAAACAGAAGGGAAAGGGGUUUCCUCUGUAAUGUGAGUCAAAUAGUAAGACAGACUAAACUUUAAAAUGUCAGUACCUGUCUUAAUACAACUGAAAUUGCCUACAAUGAGUAUUUGUUGUAGUAAACUGUUACAUUCAGGGUGGCUGAUGAUGCAAAGAAACGCUCCAUGGAAACUCUGGUUUAAUGUGUGAACUGUAAUAAAAAGACUGAACCGCA